UCUUUACAAAAAAAGGCACUUUUAAGAGCCAUUCUGUCACAUUUUUUCUGUUUCUCUGUUUCUCACUGUCUCUUUCUUGUUUCUCUCUCACACACACCCACACUCUCACACACAUUCACUCACUCAUACUCUCUUUCUUUCAUUAUUGAAUUAUUUCAUACAGAUAACAAAAGCAUGGCUGGUGGAGGGUUGAAGAAGUCGUGCCCUACAUGCCAGGAAAAAAUAUUUAAUGGAUGUAAGGUCUGCCCCAUGUGCAAGACAGCACAGCCGCAACAUCUAAGGCUGAAAAAGAAAAUUGAAAAAUUCAAGAUGGAAAAGGAGUCUUGGGUGGCUAAGAAAAAGAAAAAUCAAAUAACAUCUCAUUUAAUGGAUGAUGCCGUGAUUUUGAUUGAGAAACUGAAUGCAGUGGGCUGGAGGCCCAUGCUUUUUCUUGAGUACCCCAACAAGGAGGUCAAGAUGCUGCUGCCAGAGGGGCUCGAAUUAAGUUCGGGAGAGAAUAUAUGUCUUAAUAACAUGAACGCAAUCUACAGCAUGAUAGUUCAAGGAAAGACAGUGCCAGCAGACCCUUCUAGCAACCAGGCCUCAACCAGUAAUCUGCAACUGGGUCCAGAAGAGGAGACCAUUGUUGUUUUAAAUUUAGAGUCCAUUCAAGACCCUCCACCACAACAAGAGGAGGCUCUUCUGUUAACCAGCCCUGCCACCAACACCAACGAGGGGGCACAGACUGAGACAGAGGAGGCUCUUCUGUCAACCAGCCCUGCCACCAACACCAACGAGGGGGCACAGACUGAGACAGAGGAGGCUCUUCUGUUAACCAGCCCUGCCACCAACACCAACGAGGGGGCACAGACUGAGACAGAGGAGGCUCUUCUGUCAACCAGCCCUGCCACCAACACCAACGAGGGGGCACAGACUGAGACAGAGGAGGCUCUUCUGUCAACCAGCCCUGCCACCAACACCAACGAGGGGGCACAGACUGAGACAGAGGAGGCUCUUCUGUCAACCAGCCCUGCCACCAACACCAACGAGGGGCUAAAAAAGGACAAAACCCCCAAAAGACGCCAAAGGACAAAAGUUUCUAAAAAAGAAAAGGAUUGUCCACACAACAGCCAGGAGGUGCACGCAUAUAGAUGCGUGAUCAAAACUAGGAAGAGAAAGGGGAAGAUGGAGAAAUUGAUAGAUUGGCUCCCCUGCAAACUGUGCGGGAAAACCUGGCCUCCAACAUGGGAGACUGCUUGACACACACACACGCACACACAAUCACUCACUCACUCACUCACUCAUUCUCUCUGUUUC